AGCCUCUUGGCUAGCCGACCAGUCUUCAGAAUGGCUUGGGGCAUGGGGCAUGGGGCUGAAAGGUAAUUUGACAGGCGCGCUAUCAUGGCACUCUGGUAGAUGCUGCAACGGCCGUCCUUCAGGGUGCCAAACUGGCAGGAGGCUUUGAGAGUUUGGUGGUCAGAAGGGAUUGGAGGCCACCGAAGCGUCUUGCUUACUUGUCACAGCGCUGGUGAGUGGCAACAUGUACUGUCUACGUUUGCGGAGCUUGCGACAAAGCGCAUCGCUCCCGACAAGAAGGACUUCAGCUUGGCGAUCAGUGCUUGUGUAAAGUCUGGCCUGUGGACAGUGGCGGUCGGCCUGCUUGAUGGGAUGCAGAACGCAUCCAUCACACCAGACCUAAGAGUGAGCAAUGCGCUCAUCAAGGUCUUCAAACAAAAUGGACGCUGGCAGCACGCGGAGCAUAUGCUUUUCCACAUGCCAGCAGUUCCAGAUGCGAGCAGUUUCAGCGCGACAAUAGUAGCAUGCGAGAAGGGCGGGGCAUGGAAACAUGCUCUCGCCGUAUUGUUUGCAAUGCCACCACAGGUUUUGCCACCAGGUACUGCAUGUGGGGCGGCAAUGAGUGCCUGCAAGACAGGUGGCCAGUGGCAGCAAGCUAUCGCUCUUUUGGGAGCCCUGCUGGAGAUGAAGGCUGCACUAAAUGAGAUCAGCUACAAUGCGGCCAUCGUUGCUUGUGGCAAGCACAGCUGGGAAGCAGCCCUGCAAGUGUUUGAAAGGAUGUGCGCUGAGCGUAUUCAGCCUGAUGUCAUCAGCUAUGGCUCUAUUUUGCAUUCUUGCGGAGUCAAAGGGCAGUGGGAGCUUUCAUUGCUUUUGUUCCAUGAUUUGCGGCAAGUUCAGCUUCAACCCAACGAAAUCCUGUACAGCUCUUUAAUCAAAGCUUGUGAUACCGGUGGCGAAUGGGAAGUGGCAUUGGACCUGCUUCGCUCGAUUCACUUGGAUGCUGUCCGGCCCGACGCUUUUGUUUGUGGUGCUGCCAUCAGCGCUUGCGAACAAGAAGGAUCCUGGAUGGAAGCAUUGCAGCUCAUGGAUUGGAUGUUGGAGUCCACAAUCCAGCUGAACCUGAUUUGCUGCAAUGCAGCCCUGAGCGCCUGUGACAAAGGCGGACAGUGGCGCCGCGCAUUGCUUUUGCUCAGCAGUUUGCCCAACUUCGUUGUCAAGGCUGACACAAUCACCUACAGCGCGGCGAUCAGUGCUUGCCAAGAAUGUCACAAAUGGGAGGAAUCAUUGGCACUAUUGCGGGCAAUGGACGAUGAGAAAGUAUUCCCAAAUGAGAUCACUUACACCUCUGUAAUCAGUGCCCUUGAAAAAGCUGGCCGAUGGGAGUUAUGCUUGGAGAUGUUGACAAGGAUGAUGGAUAUCGAUCUAGAACCAAAUUUGGCAACCUAUGGAGCGGCUAUGAGUGCCUGUGAUUUAGCUGCUGCAUGGACUUCAGCCAUCAGCCUUGUGCAGGACAUGUUGUCCAGUCGUUUAGUCCCUACAGGAAUGAUAGCCGGUUCAGCUAUCGGGGCCCUGCGCAACAAGACCAAAGGUUUCGAACUUUUGAGCAGCAUCGCGUCUUCCUGGCCCCCACUGGAACCCACCAGCCAAGCUAACAAUGUGACGGUGGCAGAAAUUUUGGCCGAGGGGCCAGGCAUCCUGGCCGUCACCAAGCCGGCUGGCAUAAGGACCGAGCAGCUGGUGGACAAAAUUGCAAAAGAGUUGCAGACGCCAGAACUCUAUUUGGUGUCCCGUUUGGACCAUCCAACUUCAGGUGUCUUACCGAUAGCUCUCGGCAGUGAGAGCUCACGGGCCGUAAAUUGGUUUCAAGCUCAAUUUGCUGGCCGACUCGUACAGAAGGAGUACCUUUGCUUGGUGGAAGGCCAAGUUGGAGAUUUGGGCUUUGCUGGGCAGAUCUCGGCACCACUCUUGACAAUUCGGAAAGGUGAUAAGAUGCGGACACGGGUAUCAAAGCUCGGGCGGGAUGCGUGUACACAAUACAAGGUCGAGGCUCUCUACACUUGGAAGCAAGCAAUGCUGGAGUUGAGCCUUCUCGCUGUUCAACCUUUGACUGGGCGAACACACCAGAUACGAGUUCAUAUGGCCAGCUUGGCUUAUCCAAUUGUUGGAGACAGAAGCUACGGAUCAAAGCUUGUUGGCGGCAUCAUCUAAUCGAGAGAGAGGGAGAGAGAGCGAGACCAGGAAGCAAAGAGACACCGACGCCUGGCGGGGCCAGGUGACCUGCAUCCGGAUGUCACAUCCUCAAAGUCCAUUAGUCAUUAUAGUCAUUGGUCAUUGGCCAGUGUAUUUCAAUGUUGUUUUUUGUCCUUUUUGUUUUUUACAAAUACAUGCAUCGCUGAAGUCAGGCUACAUUGUCUCCAGCUUGCCUUCUGUUGGCCACUUUUGGCCACAGAAGGACAAGGCUUUGUAACUAGAUCCUGAAUUUGUUUGCUGGAGUUGGCU